UGAAGAACUGCUUGCCAGUAUUUUCUCCACGUAAGAGGUUUUUCUUUAAAAACUUAAAAAAAAAUACUGAAAGCAUUGAAAAAUGAUGAAAAUUGCAUUUUUCUUUGCUGUGUUGUUCUUACUGGAUCUCUCCACUUGCUGUGAUGCUUAUCCACAACAUCCCUUGCCUGACAUAGAAGAUGCAAAGUUCAUUGAAGACUGCGUGAGAGGUCACAACAAGUUUCGAUCCAAAGUGAACCCACCAGCCAGCAAUAUGUUUCGCAUGUCCUGGGAUGCUGCUUUAGCUAAGACUGCAAAAGCGUGGGCAAAGAAGUGCAAGUUUAAGCACAAUAUCUACCUUAAAAUGCCGGGAAAGGUGCACCCCACCUUUACUCCUGUUGGAGAAAACAUCUGGACUGGCAUAGCCACCAUCUUCUCUGUGGAGGCGGCUCUCAGUGACUGGUUUAAUGAAGUCAGCAGCUAUGAUUUCAGCACUCAUAGCUGUACUGACAUGUGUGGUCACUACACCCAGGUCGUUUGGGCAGAGAGUUACAAAGUUGGCUGUGCAGUUCAUUUCUGUGAUACAGUUGAAAAUUUUCCAGGACUCUAUCAAGCAGCACAUUUUGUUUGCAACUAUGGGCCAGCAGGGAAUUAUCCAAGAAAACCAUAUAAAGCAGGACAACCAUGCAGUGGAUGCAGUAACAGGAAGUGUGUACACAACCUCUGUGAAAAUGCAGAACGUGAGAAGCUGAUAAAUUAUGCCUACUGGUAUCCGGACUGGGAUACACAGCCUCAGCCACCGCGGCCCCGUCCCCCCAGGCCUCCCGCGCCCCCAUAUAUGCCACCUGCUGAGCAUCCACAUCCCACUUGUGACCAAUACUGUCUUAGUGUUUCAAUUUUAAGGCCACUGUUUCUGGUACUGAGUGCUGGUGCUGUUCUUUUAGUACAACAGCGGUUUCCACACACAUUUUUUUAUGAGUAA